CAUUCGCUAGGCCGGGAAACCUACAAAUCCCGGGAAUGCACAGGCGACGCCCGCCGCCACUGUAAGUGCGCAUCAAGGGUCGGAGUGGCGCCCGGGUGUGACGUCACAGACCACGCCCACGCCCGCCAUAGGCCGCACCCCCUCGAGCGGAAGACGUAGGCUUUUUACCGGCUCCGGCUCUGCUAGAUUCCUAGGAGCCCGCCAGGUCUUCUCCCUGAGAACGCCUGAGGAGCCUCCCGGCCCCGUGUCCCGCCGUGGUCGAGCCAGUGCUGCCGGCCGCCUGUCCACCCGGCAUUUGGGCGCUACAUGCCGCAGCCGCAGUCCUGACUGCGGCGUUGGAAAAACAGAGACCCAGCGAGCCCGGAGAGUGCGACCCCUCUCCCGGCGCGGCGAACCCGGGCUUGAGCGGAGCCGCGGAAGGAUGGCAGCCUCUGGGGUGGAGAAGAGCAGUAAGAAGAAGACCGAGAAGAAACUUGCCGCUCGAGAAGAAGCUAAAUUGUUGGCAGGGUUCAUGGGCGUCAUGAACAACAUGCGGAAACAGAAAACACUAUGUGAUGUGAUCCUCAUGGUCCAGGAAAGAAAGAUACCUGCUCAUCGUGUUGUCCUUGCUGCAGCCAGUCAUUUUUUUAACUUAAUGUUCACAACUAACAUGCUUGAAUCGAAGUCUUUUGAAGUAGAACUCAAAGAUGCUGAACCAGAUAUUAUUGAACAACUUGUGGAAUUUGCUUAUACUGCUAGAAUUUCUGUGAAUAGCAACAACGUUCAGUCUUUGUUAGAUGCAGCAAACCAGUAUCAGAUUGAACCUGUGAAGAAAAUGUGUGUUGAUUUUUUGAAAGAACAAGUUGAUGCUUCAAAUUGUCUUGGACAAAGGUUGAAUGCCUUGGCUUUGGGGCAUUGCCUGAGUUUAGGUAUAAGUGUGCUUGCAGAGUGUCUGGAUUGUCCUGAAUUGAAAGCAACAGCAGAUGACUUUAUUCAUCAGCAUUUUACUGAAGUUUACAAAACCGAUGAAUUUCUACAACUUGAUGUCAAGCGAGUAACACAUCUUCUUAACCAGGACACUCUGACUGUGAGAGCAGAGGAUCAGGUAUAUGAUGCUGCAGUCAGGUGGUUGAAAUACGAUGAACCCAAUCGCCAGCCAUUUAUGGUUGAUAUCCUUGCUAAAGUCAGGUUUCCACUUAUAUCAAAGAAUUUCUUAAGUAAAACGGUACAAGCUGAACCACUUAUUCAAGACAAUCCUGAAUGCCUUAAGAUGGUGAUAAGUGGAAUGAGGUACCAUCUGCUAUCUCCAGAGGAUCGAGAAGAACUUGUAGAUGGCACAAGGCCUAGAAGAAAGAAACAUGAUUACCGCAUAGCCUUAUUUGGAGGUUCCCAGCCACAGUCUUGUAGAUAUUUUAACCCAAAGGAUUAUAGCUGGACAGAUAUCCGCUGCCCCUUUGAAAAGCGAAGAGAUGCAGCAUGCGUAUUUUGGGACAAUGUAGUGUACAUUUUGGGUGGCUCUCAGCUUUUCCCCAUAAAACGAAUGGACUGCUACAAUGUAGUGAAGGACAGCUGGUACUCUAAGCUGGGUCCUCCAACACCUCGAGACAGCCUUGCUGCCUGUGCUGCGGAGGGCAAAAUUUAUACCUCUGGAGGCUCAGAAGUAGGAAACUCAGCUCUGUAUUUAUUUGAGUGCUAUGACACCAGAACAGAAAGCUGGCACACGAAGCCCAGCAUGCUAACUCAGCGCUGCAGCCACGGGAUGGUGGAAGCCAAUGGCCUGAUCUAUGUUUGCGGUGGGAGCUUAGGGAACAAUGUGUCUGGGAGAGUGCUUAAUUCCUGUGAAGUUUAUGAUCCUGCCACAGAAACAUGGACUGAGCUGUGCCCAAUGAUUGAGGCCAGGAAGAAUCACGGGCUGGUAUUUGUAAAAGACAAGAUAUUUGCUGUGGGUGGUCAGAAUGGAUUAGGUGGCCUGGACAAUGUGGAGUAUUAUGAUAUAAAAUCAAAUGAAUGGAAGAUGGUCUCACCAAUGCCAUGGAAGGGCGUGACAGUGAAGUGUGCAGCAGUUGGCUCCAUCGUUUAUGUCUUGGCUGGUUUUCAAGGUGUAGGCCGAUUAGGACACAUCCUCGAAUACAACACUGAAACAGACAAAUGGGUGGCCAAUUCCAAAGUCCGUGCUUUCCCAGUCACAAGUUGUUUGAUUUGUGUUGUUGAUACUUGUGGAGCAAAUGAAGAAACCCUUGAAACAUGAAAAAUGAGUAGACUUCAAGACUCAUCAAGACUCAAAAAUAUGACCUCAGAGCUUUGUUCCAAAAGUUUGGUUACAAAGUUCGAUUUGGUGUUUUGGUGAAGGAAGUUUAAAAUGAGUGAAAUAAGACCCCUAUCAUAUAACCCUUCCUCCCUUCCCCAGUGCUGGAGAUU